UUUCGAAAUGUUUCGAUCACUGCUCCUCGUGUUUUGUUUUUCUGCGCCUUUGAUUUCUGCACAAUGCGGCCCUGGAGCCCUCUAUCAGCAGUCGAGCUCUAGAUGUCUCACACUAUUCCGUGCAGCAGUAGAUUUCCAAACCGCCGAGUCCAUCUGUGCCACAUUGAACGGUCAUUUAGUAUCAGUUCAUAAUGCAAUCGACAAUACUUUUGUAUCAGGUCAAGCUCAGAAAUUCAUUGACGGUGGAGCAUGGCUUGGAGCACAAGCAAGUGCUCCAGAUGUUACAAAUCCAUUGAAUUGGUAUUGGACUGAUGGUACUGAUUUUAACUAUCAGAACUACAAAGUUGGACAACCAACUCAAACCGGAUCAACCGCCUGUAUGCAACUUGAGACUGGUACAUCUAAAUGGCAAACUGCAAACUGCACAACUAAACUUCCAUUCAUCUGCUCUGCUUCUGCCAGUGCAAUGCCAACUUUCCCAGCUGUUACAAUUCCAAGUCAUUGUCCAUCUGGUUACACUUGGUUUGAGCUCACCGAUUUUUGCUAUAAAAACACUGUUCAAUACACCAAUUUCAAUGAUGCUCGCAGCGCUUGCCAAGCUGAUGGAGGAGAUUUGGCUUCAAUUCACUCACUUGCAGAGAACACAUUCCUUGUUGGUUUUUCAAAGGCUGGCUGUACUAACAAGGACAAGGAUUGGACAGGUGAUGUCUUCAUUGGUCUUGUCUUCCAAAAUUCAAAAUGGCAAUGGACUGAUGGAUCUGUAGUAGACUAUGUUAACUGGGGAGAUGGAGAACCAAACAACAUGAAUAAGGAAUGGUGGACUUCUUUAGUUGCUGAUCCACAUCAAGGCAAAUACAGUGAAGCAAGCAGAUGGAACAACGUACCACAAGACGACCAGAGAGCAUUCCUCUGUAAAAUUGCACCACUUCAUUAAAUACAUCAAUGUUUUUAUUAAUGAAUCAUUUGAAUUGCCU